AAUUAAAUUAGUAUACGUGGAUAGCGGAAACGCGUAUAAUCAAAUUGAUUCAUCUGAUUGAUUGUCAAAUAUAAUAUUGUGUUAAAAUGUCCGAAGGUGAUAAAAAAAUAUCCGAUCUGAGGGUGAUCGAUUUGAAAGCAGAGUUAGAAAAAAGGGGUUUGGAUAAGAAUGGCGUGAAACAAGUUUUGAUGGAUAGGCUAUCGAAGGCGCUCGUCGACGAAGGUCUGAAUCCAGAAACACAUGUUUUCGAUGUCUCCGAUAAGCGAAGGUCAUCAGUGCAAGGUUCUGAGGAAGACAAAACUGACAAGACUGAAGAAGUGCCAGACGAAAAGAAAGUAGAGACCGAAAAGAAAGACCAGACCGAAAAGAAAGACCAGACUGAAAAGAAAGACCAGACCGAAAAGAAUAACCAGCCUGAAAAGAAUAACCAGCCUGAAAAGAAAGACCAGCCUGCAAAGAAAGACCAGCCUGAAAAGAAAGACCAGCCUGAAAAGAAACAACCAGACAAGGAACAGACAAAGAAAGCGGACGCCAACAAAAAAGAAACCCAGAAGACCGCCAUAACAAAAACAGGGUCAGGGCCAGAAAGUGCCGCGAAAAAAGAAGAAGAAAACGACGGGCACGAAUCCCCGAUACGCCUGACCUUGGAGGAUGACGAAGCACUGAAUGAAGUUGAGGAAACACCAGAGAAGGCCAAGGAUGAAGGAAAGCCUGAAGAUAAGAAGAGUGUGUCGAGUGAAGCUGCAAUGGAGCCAGAAACCGACAAUUCCAAACCCGAACAGACGGACAAAUCUGCGGAAUCCAAAGGAGAAAGUCAGGAGCAGCGGAAAAGUACUGGAGAAAAUGCUAGCGCCAAAUCGGCCGACAACAAGCUGCAGAAGCGCGUCGGCGCGAAGUCGAACCCGAACGUCGUGUGGGUGAGCAACGUGGCGCAGAAUACGCGCGCCAGCGAACUGAAGGCUGCGCUGUCCGCCUGCGGCAAAGUGACCGGCGCCAAGGUGGUCGUGAACGCUCGGUUCCCUGGCUCGUGCUGCUUCGGCUACGUCACGAUGGGCUCGGUCGAAGACGUGGAGAAUGUGAUCGCUAAGCUGCACGGCACCGAGCUGAACGGACAGAUCAUCAAGGUCGAUAAGUUCGAUAACGUCAGAGAAGAGCAAAUGAAGCAGAUGAAAGCGGCAGCUGCUGGAAACAGAGGUCCCCAGCGCGACAACAAAGACAGCAACAAGAGCCCCAGGAAGAAGCCGCGCUCGCUGUCCCCGAAGAAAGACGACGCGAAAGAGGAAAAGAAAGACGACAAGAAAGAUGACAAGAAAGACGACAGCGCGACAGCCAAGAAGGAAGAUAAACCCGACGAGGAGGCCGCUAGCAAAACGGAAGAGAAGAACGAGUCGACGGAGGAGGCGAAAGAGAGCAAAGGGAGCAACGAAAAAGAGGAUGAGCCGAACAAAGACGACGACAAGAAGGACGACGACGGAGAUCAGAAAGAGGUGGAUAGGACGAGGGGGCGCAGCAGAAACGAGUCGAGGUCCAGCAGAACAGAGAGCGAAAGAAAAGAAUCUAGAGACGGGCCCAGAAGAAGUUCCAAGUCGAGAGAAAGGGAUAGGCGUAGGAUUCGUUCCACUUCGGGAACCCGCCCAGAUAGGGAUGUUCUCACUUUCGACAAAAUCAGGGAGGAGCGCGAGAGGCAGCGGCUGCGCGAGAAGGAGCGGCUGCUGCGCGAGGAGAUGCGCCGCCGGCAAGAGGAGGCGGCGCGGCAGCGCGACGUCGAGCGGCGGCAGCGUCUCGAGGCGCACCGGCUCGAGCGCGAGAAGGAGAAGCUGCGCAUGGAGCGGGAGAAGAUCGAAAGAGAGAAGGCUGAGCUGGUGAGGAUGGAGCGCGAGCGGCAGCGCCUCGAGCGCGAGAAGAUCGCCCUCGAGAAGAUGGAGCUCGAGCGCACGCUGAUCCGGCUGAGCGAGGAACGGCGCGCGGCGAAGCGGCCGGCGCCCUACCGCCGCGACGACGGCUUCGAUGAGCGCAAGCGCAGCGCGACCGACCGGCACUACAACGAGCCGCCGCCGCCGCCAAGUCUGAAGCCGCGAGCCCCUAGCCCGAAGAAGUUCGGCGGCAGCAGCCUUUCCAAGGAGCCGUACGGCAAGUCACGUCCGCCGUACGACCCGAAGCGUGAUUCCGCCUACCUCGACAAGCGAUCGGGCGCUGGUGGGACGCGCGGUGACUUCCCCCCUUCCCUCUCGCGGCCGUCGGCGAAGUACGACUCGCGGCCGCCGUCGUACGACAACGGCCGCGCGGACAGAGGCGGCGAGUCGCGCGGCCGCCCCGAGAUGGGGUCGUCGCGGGCGAAGGAGGGCCGAUACGAAGAGCGGGAGCGGGGUGGGCGAGACCGCAGCCCGCAUUUCCGGGCGAGCGACAGGCGGCCGAUGGGGGAGAGCAAGCCGGAGUUGUCGUUGUCGUCGAGAGAUUCUGGCCCUCGUAGCUUCGACCGCAACACGAGCACCUCUUGGAGCAGCCAGCUGCAGAAGCCGUUCAGCUCUAGCAGCGCUCCGAAGCUUUGGGGCAAGGAGCCAUGGAGGCCGGACUCUCUCACCGACAGGAAUCUGAAGCCAAGUGUCGCCUCUAGAGUAAACAGCAUCGGGGUGUCAAAGUGGCCGGGCCCGCAAGGAACGACGAGACCCUUCUCUGGGAACUCCAGCAUGGGACCCAUUUGUCCCCCACCGCCGGGCAUCAACAGCUAUCCCGAUUCUAGAUUCAGCUCCAAUUUGAGGAAGUACUAAACUUUCUGCGUAAACUAUUUUUACGUUUUAGCUAUGCGCGUGCGCAGGUGUUACGUUGGUGGUGAUAUUGUUGGACAUAUCGCUGACUGGACAAUCUUUGACUUCAACUCUAUCUAGUGAGACACGGGUGUACAUUUGUGUACAGGUUGAAAAUAUUUUUUUUGGAAAGCUGCAAGUUACAAGUUGAAAAUUAGUAUGAGUGGUCUUAUAUUAAGAAAGUUUUUGUUAAUGUUUUAGUUUCAAGGUACUAGUAUUUUUGUGAUGAGUAUAGGAACCACAAAGAAUCCAAAAUUAUUUUUCUUGAUUUUUAGCGAAUUUGUUUUAGUUGAAGUUACAUGCCAAAGCUAAAAUUUUACAGGAGGGGAGGAAAUAAUACCGCUAUCACUCAACAUGUGUGAAAAAAUAACAAACAGCUUCAAACAUGAGAAAAAAAAAUAUUUUGAAUCCAGUUAGCGUUUGUCCAUCUAUCAAUAUACCAAUCCUGUAUAAACGUUAGAUUUUUUUCGCGAUAAAAAGUAUCUCUGAAUACAAUAUUCGCACCUCUAUAGUUGGUAAUAACGAAAUCGAUUCGGGAUUAUACGAGGCGUGCCAACGAAAUCUGCCAAAUCUUUUGAAAAAAUGAGUUCAACGGGGCCAUGUUUUGUUGGAACACCUUGUACUGGAUGUAAGUUGAAUGUCAAUAAACAGAGAAAUGAUCACAUUCGUAUACAUCAGCAUUAUCGUAUAGGUUUGAUUUGAAUUGCCGUUGAUUCAUCAGAAUCAGAACUAAACAAAUAUACAGUGUGUGUCGUUGAUAAUCGCAACCCCAUUUUUAGGCAUAUUGUCGUCACAUCCCCUUUCCUCCACGUUUUAUUCAGCUAUUUUUUUUUGACAUUCGAAUCAUUCCAUAUGAGUAUGAAUUCAUUAGGUCACAAACAUCGCUAAAACGUGACACAUGCGUGGAAACCUCGAAAGCCGCCGAAAAGACGUUGAAAUAUCGUCACGAAAGCGUCACGUGUGCGUCAACACAUUUUCCACGUUUUUUUGACGCUUUGAUUCAUGCCUGACGUUUUAUUUACGGUUUUUCAGUGCUUUCUGUUUCGACGCAUGCGUGACGCUUGGUGACGUAUUAGUGCACCUAUGACAGCCCAAUCGACCCGUAUUUCACCCAUACGAAUUAUGCGAGCUCGCAAACGUCAUAAGCAUAACAGAAAAAAAGAACCGUUACGGAAGCGUCACGUAUGCGUCAAAACGUCGAAAAGACUAGACUGUCACGACAACGUCACGCUUGCAGCACACAAUUUUCACAUUUUCUCGACGUUUUGACGCAUAUGCCUGUCGCUUUCGUUACGUUUUCUCCCAUUUUUUCGGC